UUCGGCACAGCACCUGUUAUGAGGGCCGAUGAUUUUACAGAUGGAGCAUGGCCCAGACGGAGAGAGAGCCCUUCUGCAGACACAACGAGAAAAUAAUAAGUUCAAUCACACCCUGAUCGACAGAGAGAUUUGGAACAGCGGCAACCAACCAACAGAGAGCACUAACUGACCAGCAGGGACCAGUAACUGACCAGCAGCUGAGGGACCUUAUAAGUUCACAGUCAUGUCCCACAGCACCUACCAACAGCUAUGGCAUCGUGCACAGCAAGGUGUCGAGGAGAUCCUGCAGCUGGAGUCCGAAAGUGCUGGAGAAGAUGGCCAGCUCGAGGAGUUCCGACACCACCACAACCUGUUCAUCAAGUACGUGCGGAUCUUCCAGAAGCUUCAGCUGCUGCAGGACCAACUGGUGCAGCCACAGAAAUGGCAGCUGGUGGACAAACUGCUGCAGGCGCUGGCGGGACGGCUGCUGGAACUGCGUCACCAGAUGGUGCAGGCAGGCCUCACUGAGUUUCAUUACAUGGAUGACACCCUCCAAGACCUGAAGCUGACCCCCAGUAAUGCUGAGAUUCCAAUCCCCAGAUACAUUUCCAGAGAGGCAGAGAAGCUCCGUGAGGAACGGAAGAUAUUUCUGGGGCAGCUUCUGGAGGAGGAGAGCCCAGCACUGGAAGAAGCAGUGCUGACCACAGAUGAGGCUGUCCGCAUCAUCCAGGUGGCAGAACGCGGGAGGCAGGGCCGCCUGCGUGCAGAGUUCAUGAAGAAGAUCUGGGACGAACAACAGAGGGGCAAACGCAGGAAGAUGAUGGCCCCCAUCUCCAUGGAGAGUCAAGAGGCUGCCACACUCAUCCAGAAGGUGUGGAGGGGUUACUAUCAGAGAAAGCAAACCGUCCGCGAGCGAGCCCAAGAACUUGAGCUCAUCGGAAUGGUCCCCACUGUGGACACAGAGAAGCCGGGAGCUGCCUCGGUUGCAGCGGAGGAGGCUGCAGAAAGGAUGCAUGAGUUACAGCAGCGGCACUGGGUAGAGUUCGUCAGAGACCAAGACCGCAUCAAGCAGCUGGUGAUAGACACGGAGGGUCCCAACGUGAAGGAGACCCUCAGGGACCAGAUCCACAAAUGGUUCAUUGAGUGCUAUAAUUCCACCGGCAAAUUCCCUGAUUUUCCCAGUGUGGAACAAGGUGGCUCAGAGAUCAUCUUCACCGAGAACACACCAGAGCAGUUAUUGGCUGAAAUGGCAGCAGAAGCUGAGGAAAAGGAACGUUCCAAGAAGGAGACAGUGCCUCAGGAGAAGAAGAGUGCAGAGCCCAAACCAGAGGGUAUCUCCAAGUUCCUCUCUAAUAUUGCCCAGGAACACAAAACAUACACAGCCGUGUGGAAGGGACGGGACGACUCCUCCAACUUGCAGCAGCAACACGAUGUGGAGCUGGAGAAGGAGGUGAAGAGGAAAGAAGUGGAGGCGGAGAUCCGUCAACAGGUGGAUGAACUGAUGAGGGAGGAGCUGAGGAAUUUACGAAUGGCGAUUGAACAAGAUUUCAGUGAACCACUCAAAGCGAAGCCCAAGACAAAGAAGAAAGGCAAAGAUAAAGGUGCAAAGAAGAAGGACAAAGACCUGACGGCACACAGGACCCUGACCUCACUGUGUGACGAGCUGAUCAAGCAAGGACUGAUGAAAGCUGCACCCCAUGUCCGUCUCUCCAAUUAUCUGGGAGACUUUGGUUACCUGGGCAGUUCUUUGUUGGCUGCUGACAUCGAGCCUCAGCCCUCGCUUUGCGACAUCCGGCAGAUCAUCACCAUGUACGCCAUCUUGCCGCUGGGUUCACAGACACUCCACGAGAAGGCUCCCCUGGUGCGCUCCAUUCUCCUGGCCGGACCACCAGGGGUGGGCAAGAAGAUGCUGGUGCACUGCAUCUGCACUGAAACCGGUGCCAACCUGUUUGACCUCUCCGCUAAGAACAUCGCUGGCAAAUACCCCGGCAAAGCAGGGCUGCAGAUGAUGCUUCAUAUGGUCCUCAAGGUGGCGAAGCUGCUGCAACCUUCAGUCCUGUGGAUUGAUGAUGCAGAGAAAACGUUCCUCAAGAAAGUGAGCAAAGAGGCGAGGGCGCUGGAGCCAAAGCGCCUGCGGAAGGAGCUGCCAAAGCUGCUGAAACGGAUCGGGACAGUGGACAGACUGCUUCUGAUCGGGACCACAUCGCGACCCUUCGACGCUGAUCCCCGGCCCUUCUUCCGGGUGUACGAGCACAUCAUCCCCAUACCCCGCCCGGACUACUCGUCCCGGAUCCUGAUCUGGAAGAAGCUGGUGGAACAGCAGGGAGUGGCAGUGAGCAGCUCCCUGGAGCUCGGCUCACUGGCCCGGAUUUCCGACGGUUACACCCCAGGACAGUUGGUCCAGGCAGUGCAGACCGUGCUGAAUGAGCAACGACUGUGGCCACACACACCCACACCCCUGACUGCGUACAGCUUCAUCCGCACCCUCAGCAGCAUCACUCCUAUCUACGUAGACGAGGAAGAAGCCUUCAGGAACUGGUUUGCUAAGACCCCCCUGAUGAAGGCAAUUCUGAAGAUCCGUCGGGAGAAGCAGAGAUCUGAGCAGGAGGCAGCAGAGAAGGAGGAGAAGAAGAGGAGAUGAGGGACCUUGGAGCCAGU